AAUAUGAGAUACCAACAUCACCUAUUAUUCAUCGCGGAAGCGAGUCACAUCAGGAUGUGGCCAAGCGUUUCGUUAAUGAAGUGACAGAGAUCGCGAGAAGAGUCCAAGAUUUACUUAAAACAAAUAAACCCAUCAUAAUGACAGAAGAAGAGCAAAAAGCACAUGUAUCGAAAAAUACAUGCAAUCUAUGUGAAUGUAAUUUUUCUAUCAAAAACCAAAAGGUGACAGAUCACUGCCAUCUAUCAGGAAAAUUUAGGCAAACUUUAUGCAAUACUUGCAACCUGAAACUCCAAAAACCUAACUUUAUAACGUGCUUUCUACAAAAUUUGUCUAAUUACGAUGCACAUUUCAUAGUAACCGAACUCGGAAAUGACACUAAAUCAAUCUCAGUGAUUCCGAACAGCGAAGAAAAAUACAUUUCAUUUUCAAAACACCUUACCAACAACUUUUCGAUUCGAUUCAUAGACUCUUGUCGAUUCAUGGCAUCAAAAUUAUCAACACUUGUAGAAAAUUUAUUAACACCAAUUUUCGAGAAGUUCAGAGAAACCGCAAAAGCAUUCGUACCCAGAAAUAUGAAUCUCGUCACACGUAAGGGUGUAUACCCUUACGAGUUUACCGAUAGUUGGGACAAGUUAGAAGAAACGAUUUUGCCUCGGAAAGAAGAUUUUUAUAGCACAUUAACGGAAGAACAUAUAGACGAUGAGGAAUACGAACACGCAGUCACAGUAUGGAACCAUUUCAAAUGCAAAACCCUAGGAGAAUAUAGCGAUUUGUAUCUAAAAAUUGACGUGCUGCUGUUGGCUGACGUGUUCGAAAAUUUCAGAGACAUGUGCAUUUCUACAUACAAUUUAGACCCUGUUUACUAAUUUACAGCUCCAGGUUUUAGUU